AUAAAAUCUGGGGAGCCGCAGAUUGGACUCUCUUAUUAUCAUCCAGAACAGCAAAUCUCUCCUCUACAAAUUCUCCUUCCUCUUCAAUCGACGAGCCAUCCCUCAACGAAAUCAUGAAGGCCCAUACAAUCUGCUCCCUCCUCAUGGCUGUCAGCACUGCUCUGGCCGUACCUGCUAAGCGAGCCGAGGAAGCAGUCACCAUCAGCGGCCUCUGGGCCUCUGAGACCAGCGAGACGGCAGAUGUCCAAUUCAUUCUCGUCGAUGCCAACUACGAUGACACUACUGAUGCCAGUCUGUCGUGGGAACGCCCUGGACCGCCUGUCACGGACUCUCGCACAGAGGACGGAAACUACUGGGUGGAUUUCCCGGGCGGGGUGUCCAACAUCACAAGCUUCACCCUGGCAAUCACGCGGGUCAAGGGCCCUGAAAUAGUCGAGGUCACGGUCAAUGCAAAUGAAACUGGCAGCCUGUGGACAUGCCAGACGUCGAUUGGCAGUAUGGUUACGACCGAGUGCCGCUACUCUGGCAACAUCACUGUGUACCCCACUUCCUCUUAAGGGUCCGCUUGAGAUCAGGAUAAAGCGGACAAUGGCAUCGCGAUAGGGAAGCUAUGUUUAAUGAGCUUUUGGCUUGAUCU